AUGGGAUGUGUAUAAUAAAAUCAAACCAAAAGGCAGCAUUUAGAAUCAGUUGAUACCAUUUAUCAAGAUAACAAAUCUCAUGGAGAGGCUUCUCGGUAAUAAGCUGAAUUAAUUUAGCCAAAUUGCUCAAUAGGAAAGAAAAAAGGAAAUUUUCAAAAUAUAACUCAAUCCUAUUGUAUAAAGAAGACUUUCUCCAUAAAGACGUAAACAAUCAGACCUUUGA